AUGGUCGUCCCCGCGGCGGCAUCUCCCAAUCUUUACUUGCUCGACCUCGUGAAAUCGGGCCGCAUGCUCAUCGACCGUGGCCUCGUUCUCGCGGACGGCGAGGUGGACAACAUCUAUCUCCCAGUCGACACGUUCAAGCUCUUGCGCAUCGAUGACAGUGUUGUGUACAAGAAUGUCGGUGACAUCAAGGUGGUCGACAGGAGCCACCUGUACCCCGGACAGGUGGUCGGGUCGGCAUCUGACAUGGGCGGCCAGAUCGGCGUUGUCACCGGUGUCAACACCGUGCUCAACCUGGCCAAGCUCGACAACAACGGCGUGCCGACCAAGGUCAUCAGGGGGGUGUCCCCGUCUAGCCUGCGGCGCGUCAGGAGUCUCAACCUUGGCGACUUUGUCGUGUCCGGGCCGUGGCUCGGCCGUGUCGUCGAGGUGUCGAUCGACGUCGAUGUGUUGUUUGAUGACGGAGCCAUCUGCAGGAUCACCGAUGCGGAGUCCACGAACCUGGCCAGAGUGCGUGAAAUCGGCACCAUGGCGACCUUGCAUCGCCACCAGAUGAAUAGUCAAUUCCACCAGGGGCAGCAUGUCACCUUGACAGGCGCUUGUUCACUCUUCAAGGAUGCUCGCUGGCUUAAUGGCUACUGGCAUCCCUACCGACAAGUAGGCACCAUUAUGAAGGUGGAGACGUCCGGCGUCCUUGUCUACUGGGUUGCAUCCAGACAUUGUGGCACCGACAAGGGGCUAGUAGAGGCAUCCGCUCCUCCAGCCUACCAGAACCCAGAUGAUCUUACGUUCUUCUGCGCCUCGUACAAUUGCUGCUGGGGGCUUGCUGACCGUUGUUUUUUUCUAGAAACAAGUUCCACCAAAGAGGAUGCAGCUUGUGCUCCUGAUCAACACGGUGAUGAUGAUGAUGAGGUGGUGGAGGAGGACGAGGACGAGGACGAGGAAGAGGAAUACAAUGCGUGCUCACAAGACAACCAAGAGAAGGAUGAGAGGUUUUAUCGGAAGCAGCUAAGGAAGGUCGUCUUUGAGGGCCAUAGACGGGCGCAACGACCACAAGUCAUGAGACAUGUGGAGGUGGAGUUUCCUAUGGUCGUCGCCGACACCUGCACCACCGUCGAUGUGUUGUGGCAGGACGGCACACGGCAACAUGGCAGACGUUCAGCGACUGUCGUCCCCUUUGGGAUCUGGAAUGAGCAAGAGUUCUUCCCGGGACAACAUGUUGUCGCCAACAUUCUCCCUAUUAGUGCUGCCGUUGAUAGUACUGGUGACCAUGAUGAUGUGAUAACUACUAGUGUCAACAAUGACAUUGUUGCGUCUGGAACUGGACCAACAGAGCGUGUGGGCAUCGUCAAGAGCCUGCAAUACAAGGACCAGACGGUUUGUGUAUCAUGGUUCAAGACGUCAGGGCACCCAGAUGAGGCUAGGGAGGUCGAAUGCGACCAAACCAUCAGUGCUUACGACUUAAAAUUGGACUCUAACCACUCUGCUUACUAUGGUGAUAUUGUCAUUCGUAUCCUACCAUCGGGAUCAACAAAUGACGCUGAAAGUGCACCCUUGUUAUCGGGAAACAAGAAGAAAAAUGCCGUUCCUGCCGAUCUUUCAUGGGUUGGGCGGGUAGUUGAACUUCCUAAUGGGCACAUCCAAGUCAAGUGGGGUGAUGGUAGCAUGUCAACGGUAUCGCCCCAUGAGAUCGUUGCCGUCAAGGACAAGCACUACAUGGAGCUAUGGCUUGAAAUGGGCGACUGGGUAGAGGACGAUGGCAUCGAUGAUGCACCCGAAGAACCGGUUGCUGCCAACAUGGAAAUUGAUCUUCAGAAUCUAGAUAAUGAUGUCGAAAGCGUUAGCCCGGCAAUGUCAAGGACAAGCCUUUUAGGUUUUCCAUUCCGGUCUUUGCUCCAAUUCACCAGUGACGUGGUAGCUCGAGGUAAAGGAUACCUGAUGAACUGGCGGCCCUCGUCGUUGUCACCAAGCUCAGAGUUACCCGCGCCCGCAAAUGAUGAUAGUAUCGGUGGUGCUGCUGCAAUGGGGAUCAACGAUGCUGCUGUAGAUUUGACUUGUCACGGUUUUGCUGGGGGGACGAAGGCUGCAUAUGCUACCUGUUGCUGCGAUGAAUCGUCAUGCUUUCCACAUUUCAAUGUACUGCAGAUGAGCCCUCUGGAUCACCACUACCUUGACACUACGGACCAGCUACCUCCGUCGUACCCGGAUGCCCCACCGCAAGUGUACUACCACUCCUUUGGCCUACGCCUCAAUCCCAACCUCUACGAGUCUGGUACAGUGUGUCUCAGCCUGCUGAACACAUUCGGUGGCGAGGGCACUGAGGUUUGGUCGUCAGCAACAUCAAGCCUCCUCCAAGUCGUUGUCUCCAUCCAGGGCCUCGUCCUCAAUGACCAACCAUACUACAACGAGGCCGGCUAUGAGACACUGGUCGGCAAACCGGAGGGCCGCCGCAAUGCGCUGCCCUACAAUGAGAAUGCUUACCUACUAACCCUCCGGACCAUGCAGCACCUUUUACGUCGGCCACCUCGGGGAUUUGAGGAAUUCGUCAAGGAACACUUCCGCCGUCGGGGAAAAUUUGUGCUUAGGACAUGCAAUGUAUGGCUUCAGGGAAAUGUUGUCGACGAUGCCCAUGCCAUUGAAGCGACUAGGAAGCGACCGUGCUCGGCUGGGUUAAGGCUUGCACUCACAAACAUGAUGCCAAGCCUCGUGGCAGCCUUCACCGAGAUCGGCGCCGUGGGGUGUGAAGAGUUCCAGUAGCUGCAAAUCAAGUUGCCAUGUGCUCUCAGCACCACUCACUAGACAGAGGAGUGUUUGAUGGUGGGAGCUUUGCUGCACAUGGGGGGCAGGUUAGUUCAAAAGAGGGGUCCGUGGAUAUAGGAUUUUUGGUGAUGGUGGUGGUCUUGUAAUCAGUCACAUUUUUGUUCUACAACAAUUACAUACUCCUUUUUGCUUUAUUUUCUCGAUUAAAAAGGA